UUAAAAUCAUUUGGCUAAAAAGUUGGUUUUUUUUGUUUUGUUUUGUUAUUAUUAACAAUGUAACACGGCCCAGUUUUCCUCUGCCAGAUGAUAAAUUUCUCAGAACUGCAGUGUUUCCGAGAAAAGGCCUAUGGUUCUAUCGUUGAUAAAAAGUCAAACGAAUAAAUAUGCUUCUUGUUAGAGCGUUUUGGUUCGGAAUACUUCUUUCUGAGAUUGACAACGUUGUGGGGUAUUAUAGUUAUAGACUUCUAAGAGAUUUCUCGUCAAAGUCAACUCCUCUUCAACUCAAUUGUUCCUAUGGCGUUCCCAUUCCUCCAUUCACAAUCGACAAAUCAUUUACUCGGGAUGAAGAAAAGCAAGUCCUUAAGAGGUUUUAUAAUGAGACCUCGGGUUACAAUUGGACAAUACAAAGACCCGGAUGGACUCCUUAUGACAACGGUACAGAAAUUGACCAUUGCCAUUGGGCUGGAGUCACGUGUGACAAGAAAUCAGGUUACGUCAUUGGGCUAUGCCUCAACAAAAAUAACUUGCAUGGUCGCGUACCAAACUUUCUGUGGAAACUUCGAAACCUGAUGUCACUUUGCUUGCCGGAUAACCCUAGUUUGGAAGGAGAAUUGAAAGACUUUGUUUUUCAAAACAUGUCAAAGCUAUUUCGAAUAGAUUUAGCGUUUUGCUCGUUGUCUGGUAACUUACCAAAUGACCUGUUUUCAAGUUUAAAAUCUCUUGUUGAAAUACAACUCUGCUGUCAAAUAUCGAAAACAAAAAUUUACGGCAGCAUUCCUCAGAGUAUCACCGACUUGAAAGAAUUAAGAGUGCUUAGUAUUGGUGAGAAUGGCCUUAGUGGCCCCAUACCUCAGACAAUGGGAAAACUUACAAAAGUUUGGUUUUUAGAUCUGGAAUUCAUGCCGUCGCUCUCCGGAAACAUCAAUGACUUCUUUGGAAUGAAGUCACUGAUAUAUAUGCAUUUGACACAUGCCGGAAUAUACGGGGAAUUCCCUGACAACUUUGGGUCAUACUUUCCUCAAAUGAAAGAAUGCCAAUUGGGAAAUAACUCAAUCCAUAGUUUUAUUCCUCCCAGUGUAAACAAAAUGAAAAAUUUAACAAAGCUGAUUUUGCGUGGAAAUGGUCUUCAUGGGAAAAUCCCAAAGGAGCUUGGUGAGUUGCCUUCACUCCGGAUUCUGGAUUUAUCUUAUAACCCACAACUGCAAGAAAUGGAGUUAGAGCUAAAUUUUCACGAUUCUACGAAGCUUGAAAUUUUUGUGCUGCGAAACAACCCAAGCAUAACUAUGCUUUUUGAGGAUCUCGUWUCUAAACUCGUGCCAAAGCCGGAUCUCGAACAAAAUCCUAGUCCUUUGCGAGUUUUAGACAUAAGCUAUUGCAAUUUUACAGGGACCAUUUCGCCUAUGAUUUGGACCUUUUCCAAUCUUAUUGAACUAAAUUUAAAGCAUAACAGAAUUUCUGGUAGAAUUCCAGCAGUUAUAGAUGAUUUGAUGUUUCUAUCGUAUGCCGACUUCUCGGAGAAUCCGAAGCUUAAAGGGGCUAUACCAAACGACGUUGUCCUUCUUCAAUCGUUAAGAGUCUUCGACAUAAGUGGCAACCYCUUAAUGACAGCCCCAGUUGGAAGUAUCAAUCAGACCAACGGAAUUAUUCAGAAAAUCAUGCGCAUUGAUCCAAAUUCCCGGAUAAAGAGAGACAAUUAUAACUGUCCUUUGGUGAAGCUGCUGUCAAACGACGGCAGAAUACUCCUUGAUCCAGGCUACUACUACAAAAAGUUCUGCGUUUGUGAAGAUGGCUUUUUUGGGUAUCUUGGUCAUUGCGAAAAAUGUAUUUCAGGUGGUAGUUGCUCAAGUAAAGCCUUACAAUCCACAGAUCCCAGGAUUUCUUUGGACAUUCAUAAAGGGCAUUGGCCAAGUCCGUCACCGGAUAACGUCUUGCAUUUGAUUCGCUGUCCUGGAAGAUUGGAUAUUGCUGGAGAACACUUGGCUUGCAACCCGAAAGGAGAAUGUAAAUGCUGGGUAAACACAAGCACUCCUGACCAGCGCACAGUUUGCGAUACGUCGUGUAUAUGUCAUGCUGAAAAUACAGGCAGAGUUUGUUCAAAGUGUGCAAAAAACUACUUCAAAAAUGGGUACAUGUGUACAGAAUGCUUCACACCUUCCCUAUCGUGCUUCGUUUUGGUCCCCUUUUACAUCAUUUUUCUUUUGGCAUUGUGGGGCCUAACUAAGUUCUUCCCUGAACACAUCAAAGUCAAAAUCUCGAUCGCAGUAACAGAGUUCAGCAUCUUACUCACAUUGCGGGCCUUCGAGGUGAUUUCCGGCUGGAUUUUUGAAGUUAGUAUUUUGGUGGUGGUGUUCUACGUUGUUGGAAUAAUGAAGAAUACAAGAGCCACUGUGACUAUGUUUGUUUUUCACUUUCAAGUUCUCGACGCCAUAAUCUCUGAAACAGAAACUCCCUUUCCUCCGUUCGUUUACAGUAUUCAACAUUACAUGAGUAGUAUCUUCAACCUCAACUUCCUUGGAAUCUCUUGCAGUAUCCAUAUGUUGUUUACUCCGUUAGGGAAAUACUUGGUUGUCUUUCUUUUCCCCUUGGGAUGUUUGUCAUUAAUUUGGAUUUACUACGGCAUUAGGUGGGCGCUGUUUACGACGAUUCUUUGUAGAAGUGGGGAACAGACAGAGCAGCAACCACCGGCUCUUGAGCAAAUAAGGUUCCAGUGCCUGAAAGUUAGCAUAACUUGCUUGAUUUUAACAUAUUUCCCAGUCAUGAAGCACACACUAGCAGUUAUUUCACCUUGUGAAUAUGACCAAGACACGGCUGGCUCCUUCAUGCGAUAUACACAGUGGAUAAGAUGUGACACCAGUGAUAGUACCUACGAAACUCUCCAAGUCCUUGGGUGUAUGGCUAUUAUCAUUUACGGCGUAUUUGAGCCUCUUGCUUUGUUGAAACUUUUACGCAGGUGGAAAAAGUCACCACUGGAAAAGAAGAAAUACUAUGAUUCCUGGUUGGGCUCCAUCUACCUUCCUUACAAAGACGAAGUCCGGGAGUACUUCGAGGUCUUGAAGUUGUACAGGAAGUUUUUGAUCGCGUUUUUAUUAACUUUUAUUCCAAACACAACUUCAAUUCAAACCUUUACCAUAGCCUUGGUUCUGAUGAUAGCCGUGAUUUACCAGAUAAUAGUCGAGCCGUAUGCAGAAGCCAAAGACAAGAAUUACAAUUUUGAAAAUGUUUUGGAGGUAUUGUCUCUGAUUACCCUCCAACAGUCCGUGAUAUUAUUGAGAUUUGCAUCCUAUGACUCUGAAAUGAGUUACGGUAUGAUCUUGAUCGUUUUAGUUGUAAAUGCUUUCGUCCUAAUAGCAUUUAUGGUGGCCUGGGUUUUGAUUAAGGUAUAUUCCACGAGCAACGAUGAAAGUUCAAAUGGAAGUGGCGACCCACAACCUCAGGUAUGUCCCGCGGGCAUCCCGCCCAACGAUGAACGUUCGCCGCUGCUGCAGUCAAAUCGAAGUGGCGACCCACAACAUCAGUAUAGUUCCAUUUAGAAAAAAACGCAUAAACGUCUCAUCUUAACAAAGGGGUAAAUUGGAAUUUGAAGACAGCUUUGGAAUGAUACAUAGCAUUUGAUACACUGGCUGAAAAAUAUAAUGGAAAAUAUCAUCUUUGAAAGCAGAAUAAUAUUUUUAAAAACCUCCCGAGUCCACUGGGGCUAGAAUUUUGAUAACAUUUAGUUAAAAAAAACAGAUUGGGGCUGUAGUGAGCAGAUUUCGUAUACAGAACAAGAUACACCAUGCUUCUCGCAUUGAGGAUACCCCAGUUUCGAGUUCUUUUUGCUCAGCCUUAGUCUCGGUUUUGCGUCACAAUAUUUAGCUAUUCAUCCUAAAGUCCAUCCCUACGUCCUCGUCGUGGGAGGUGGUAAUGGGUAAAGCCGGCUAACAAGGCUCUGGCAAUGUGCAUGGGGCCAGCAACCCCAUCACAUAGAGUACUUAUUGCUACGGAAACUAACACAAAAGAUAACCAUAUGUUAAGCCCUACGUGCCACAGAGGCAUAAAGGAUAAUGACGAUUCAUUAAAAACACGUGGAAUCUU